ACUCAAAGUUGAUCAUCUUCAUUUCAUUUCACUUGUCAAUUAGCUUGAAAGUUGUCUAAAUGAGCCACAAAGUUGCUGCAAAUGUUGCAGUCUUAGCUUUUCCAUUCACCUCCCAUCCCUUCUCUCUUCUCCGAUUUGUACGUUCCAUUUCAACUCUGGCCCCCGACAUGCAGUUCACCUUCUUCAACACACCUAGGUCAAAUAGCUCCCUGUUCUCGGGUUCCGGCAACAUGAGCUAUGACAAUAUAAAGCCUUACAACGUAUGGGAUGGCAUGCGAGAUGGCUACACACCCCCCUCAUCCGGAUAUCCUCCGCUGCAGCAAGUCGAGUCGUUCCGUGACACUGCACCUGGUAACUUCGAGAAGGCAAUCAAAGAGGUGGAGGCUGCAACAGGACGCAAGUUCGACUUGUUGAUUUCAGAUGCAAUUCUCUGCUGGUUUGCAAGUGACUUAGCUGAAAAAAUGCAUGUCACUUGGGUGCCCUUUUGGAUUUCUACUCAACGCUCGCUGCUUGCUUUUGUUGAGAUUGAUAUAAUUAAUGCGAAAAUAGGAGCCCAAGGACAAGAAGACACAACUCUGGAGUUUCUUCCAGGAUUUUCAAAUGAAUUCCGAGCAUCUGACCUACCGAGAGAAAUUCCAUUAGGAGACAUAAAACCGCCUCUUGCAAGAAUGUUUCAUAAAAUGGGGCAGAAGCUGCCACGAGCAACUGUGGUUGCCAUUAACUCUUUUGAAACGAUGGACUUGAAAGUUACCGAGGAACUGAAGAAAAGACUCCGGAUGUUGGUCCUUGUUGGGCCACAACAUCUCGUCGUCCAGCCAGUACAGUCAUCAGAUGAUGAUGGCUGCUUACAGUGGUUGGACAAGCAGGAACCUGCUUCGGUAGCAUACAUCAGCUUUGGAACUGCAGGGGCACUGCCUCCCAUGGAGGUAGCAGCAUUAGCUGAGGCAUUAGAGGAACGUAGAUUCCCCUUUGUUUGGUCAUUUAGGGGAAAUCAAGAGGAAUUUCCACAAGGAUUUAUCGAGAGAACAGAGAGGCUGUCCCUUGGAAAAGUAGUUCCAUGGGUGAACCAAGAGAAAAUCCUCAAUCAUACCUCGGUAGGAGUGUUUGUAACACAUUGCGGUUGGAGCUCAAUUUUGGAGAGUAUAACUGGUGGUGUGCCUAUGAUUGGGAAACCUUCCUUCGCUGAUCAAAAUAUGUGCAUGCGGAGCUUAGAAGUUGUAUGGAGAAUCGGUGUCAAGAUUGAGGGUGGCGUUUUCACUAAAACUGGAGCAGUCAAGGCACUGGAACAAGCUUUAUUGCUUGAGCAAGGAAAAGAAAUGAGACAGAGAGUUGGAAUCCUGAAACAUCUUGCUCUAGAGGCUGUUGAACACAACGGGCGUUCAGCUCAAGACUUGAAAGCUUUGGUCGAUAUCAUCAAAUCUUGA